UACCUUCCAUUUUAUAGCUAUCAAUUGGAUGGAUAGGAUGACUUGAUCAGUGUUAUUUUAUAAAUAUGCUCCAUCCAGAAUGUGACCGUGAAUAUGGAUGGUCUGGAUAUCUGGAAAACGUCCCAAAUGCCAGGAAGAUGGCUCACCACCAUUUAAAAAAUGGUGGUGAACUAUCACAAGAGCGUGGCCGAGCCAACGAGCCAUGGUCAUUGUCCAAGGCCCGGGCAUCAGCAUCAGCGUCGCAGCAGCAGUCUGUCAGUCGGGUCCGUCCCAACAUAUAUAAUGAGCAUCGAUUCCAGAAUUCGAACCGCCUUUCAGACCUUCUCCAAAACCCUCCAAAAACCCUACUCACUCUCUCUCUCUCUAGUUUCUAUAAACGCUCUUCCAAGCUGGAGAAGACACUCAAAUCCUUCAAGCUGGGGAAGAUCAAUGUGUCCAACCCCAAGCUCUGGAUUGUCGUGGGCAUCGGUGUCGCGGGGGUUAUUAUUCUCACGGAGAGGAGGAGAAGGAGACGAGGGAAAUCGGAAGUGAUUAGAGAAGAUUUUGGCGCUUUCAUUGAACGGUUAGAGCUGCUUCCGGCCCUGCAACCGCCACCACCUGCGGCCCGGCAUCCUCUCGCCGGUCUUACCUUUGCUGUCAAAGACAUUUUUGAUAUAAAGGAGUAUGUGACUGGGUUCGGGAAUCCAGAUUGGAAGCGGACGCACGACCCCGCGAAUCGGACAGCUGUGGCGGUGACAUGCCUUUUGAAGCAUGGCGCAGCUUGUGUUGGGAAGACUGUCAUGGAUGAGCUGGCAUUCGGCAUCACAGGAGAGAACAUGCAUUAUGGAACCCCUACCAACCCGGAAGUGCCAUAUCAGAUCCCCGGAGGGUCAUCAAGUGGUUCUGCCGUGGCUGUUGCCGCUGAACUUGUUGACUUUACUCUUGGUACUGAUACGGUUGGAUGUGUAAGAAUCCCUGCAUCCUUUUGUGGUAUCCUUGGAUUCCGGCCUUCUCAUGGUAUUGUAUCUACUAUUGGAGUCUUGGCAAACUCGCAAAGUUUAGACACUGUUGGAUGGUUUGCACGAGAUCCAUCUAUUUUACACCGUGUUGGACACGUACUGUUACAAGCGCCCCUCGUGGAGCGGAGAAGAGCAAGACGCUUUAUCUUUGCUGAUGAUUGCUUUCAGCUCUCUAAGGUUCCUACACAGAUGUCAAUGCAUGUUGUUAGCAGAACAACUGAAAACUUAUCUGGCUACCAGCCGCCAAAGCAUAUGAAUAUUGGCCAGUAUAUUGCUUCGACUGUACCAAGUUUGAAGGGUUUUCGUGAAGCAUCCACAAACAUGAAGCAAGGAAUAUCUACUUUGAAGGCUCUUUCCCAUGUGAUGCUAUUGUUACAGAGAUAUGAGUUCAAAUCAAAUCAUGAAGAAUGGGUUAAAACAGAGAAGCCCAAGUUAGGACCUGAUAUCUCUGCUCGUGUUCUUGCAGCUGUAAACACGACCCAUGAGAAUAUUAAAUUAUUCUACAAAGCAAGGACUGAAAUACGAGGCGCUCUGAACAGUCUCUUGAAGGAUGAUGGAAUAUUAGUGAUUCCAACAGCUCCUGAUGCUCCAUUAAAGCCUAAUUCAAAGAAAAGUCUGUCCACUGAGUUCCAGGACAAAGCUCUUGCAUUAUUGAGUAUUGCAGGGAUGUCUGGCUGUUGUCAGGUUUCCAUUCCACUAGGAAAGCAUGAUGGCUGUCCCAUCUCUGUUUCAUUUAUAGCAUCACAUGGGGCGGAUAAGUUUCUUCUAGAUACUGUUUUGGAUAUGUAUUCAUGCCUUCAGGAGCAAGUCAGCAUUGCCUCAAAUUCACUGCCAUUACCUGAUACCAAUGGUGAUAUAGAUGCUUCCGAACUCUUGAAAGAAAAGGGCAAUGCCGCCUUUAAGGGAAAGCAGUGGAAUAAGGCUGUAAACUUCUACACUGAAGCCAUCAAGUUGAAUAGCACAAGUGCGACUUAUUAUUGCAAUAGGGCAGCUGCUUAUUUAGAGCUAGGAUGCUUUCAGCAGGCUGAAGCAGACUGCAAUCAGGCAAUUUCACUGGAUAAGAAGAAUGUGAAAGCAUAUUUAAGACGAGGAACAGCCCGGGAGAUGCUAUUUUGCUAUAAAGAAGCUACUCAAGAUUUCAAGCAUGCUCUAGUUCUGGAACCACAAAACAAGGCUGCACUCCUUGCAGAGAAGAGACUAAAGAAACUGACGGGCUGAUAUUCUGGAAGUGAGAUAUUCAAUCCCAUUAUUUUCAUACAGGUGACAGAUAAAGUCUGACAGAUUUUGGUGAGUGAUGCAUUCUUUUGCCGACCCCAUGGUGAAAGUCGGUAUUGCUGAGCUCUUGUCAAUGCGCGCCCUAUAUAACCUAACGGUUUUGGUCUAUAUAACACUGUAAUAAGCAUGUAAGAGGGAAUGACGUGGUUUGGAAUUUUUAUUUCUCAAAUUAGUAAAAGGGCUUCGGGAAGUGUGCUCAACCUUAUGGUGUUACUGAUAUUUGUAGGUUUUACUUCUACUUGUAAAGAGAGACUUUUGAUUAUUAUAUAUCCUCUACAUCAACACCAUUUCAUUCUCAA